AUGUUGCCCUCAACGACGCCGGCGGCGAUGGAGAAGGCCGACGUGCGGCAGCCGCUGAAGCCGAAGAAGCCUGCCACACCAAAACCUUCCAAGCCAGACUACUUCCCACUCUCCGUCGUGCGGCAGCCAUUGGGACCGGCGGUGUAUCCUGGCGUAGCAGCAGCAGAGGACGUGGCAAAGGGGCUUAUAGUCAGUGAUGCGCUGCACGACAUGACUGUCUACACACAAGUCAGCGAGUCCCUUCCGGAUGCUGGUCGUCCGGUGCUUAACUCCGUGCUGUUUAGUCAACGUCACGUCGUUAACGACACUCCCUCUGUCGAGGAAGAGAUUUCCAGCAUUAACGAGCGAAUGCGACUUUGGCGUGCGUCUCGCCUACAAGAUGUCAUCACGGAGCACNGUCGAGGAAGAGAUUUCCAGCAUUAA